UGUUUAACGAGUUGACAGUCCCACAACACAAAAAACGAAAACAAACCAAUUUUUACAUAAGUUUUAUUUGAAUUAUUUUUUAAACACAAAUGCCUCGCAAUCAGAAUGCCGAACGGGAUAAUCCCUGCCUUAAGGAACAGGAGCUUUCAUUCAAAUGCCUCAACAAAAACAACUUCGAUCACGAAAAGUGCGAGGUUUAUUUUGCCAAUUACAACAACUGCAAGGAGUUUUGGAAUAAAGUGAGAAGCGAACGUAGAGCUAAAGGAAUAGCUCCCUACUUGCCGCCGGUCGAGGAGCGCGAUGCCAUCAAAGCCAAUUAUAUGAAGGGAAAACCUACGCAGAGCUGAUAUUCUUCCUCCAAUGGUAAUUUUUUGCUUAAAGUUUCAGUAACAAUUGUGGAUAUUAACAUAUAAUUUAAAUAAAUACGUUUUCAUAAAGUUA